AUGAAGGGCCUUGAGCGGAGUGUUAAGCGCAGACGUGCUGCUACGAACCCUAUUGAGAGAGCAAACCGGAAGGAUGACGAUACUUUCAUUAAGGAGCACCUAUACCCCAGUAACCCUGCAUGGCCUGAGUGGAUCAACCCAAAGACACAAGACAAGUUCCCGCUCAGCCUUACCAGCUCGGGUAACUUGAGUGAUGAAGACCUCGACGCGUGCUUCAAGCUAGUUGAAGAGACUAGCCGAGCCGAUUAUGAAUCUUCAUCAGUCGGGUGGAAGCCGGGUAAAAAGCUCGCUGAGAUGAAAUCCCCUGAGUUGAGGUAUAUCCUAGUCAAGGAUAUCGUGGGAAGUGUCCGCGGCUUCACAUCUUUAAUGCCUACAUAUGAAGAAGGCGAGCCCGUUGUAUACUGUUACGAGAUCCAUCUCAAGCCAGAGCUACAAGGAACUGGCCUAGGCAAGACACUCAUGGGAUUCCUAGAGAGCAUCGCUGUUAAUACGCCUCCUAUUGAAAAAGUCAUGCUUACUUGCUUUUUAAGCAAUCAGAGAGCGUUUGCUUUCUAUAAGAAGUUGGGUUUCGAGAAAGACGAGAUAUCACCAGAACCGAGGAAGCUACGAUUCGGCAAGGAAUUUAUCCCCGACUAUGUUAUCAUGAGUAAAGCCGUCAAGAGGGAGCAAUCCGCCUGA